AUGACCAUUCCCCCCUCAGCCUCUGAGAGUGGAAGCAGCUUCCAUGUCUUUGACCAGGGGCAGUUUGCCAAGGAGGUGCUGCCAAAGUACUUCAAACACAACAACAUGGCAAGCUUUGUGAGACAGCUCAACAUGUAUGGCUUCAGGAAGGUUGUUCACAUUGAGCAGGGGGGGUUGGUGAAGCCUGAGAAGGAUGACACAGAAUUCCAGCAUCCCUACUUCAUCCGAGGGCAGGAACAUCUCCUGGAGAACAUCAAGAGGAAAGUGAACAGUGUCUCCAGCAUCAAGAAUGAGGACAUCAAGGUCCGUCAGGACAACGUCACCAAGCUGCUGACUGACAUCCAGGUGAUGAAGGGGAAGCAGGAGAGCAUGGACUCCAAGCUGCUGGCCAUGAAGCAUGAGAACGAGGCCCUGUGGAGGGAAGUGGCCAGCUUGAGGCAGAAGCACACUCAGCAGCAGAAAGUUGUCAAUAAGCUUAUCCAGUUUUUGAUUUCACUGGUGCAAUCCAACCGUAUUCUUGGGGUGAAGAGGAAGAUCCCCCUGAUGUUGAACGACAGCAGUUCAGCACAUUCCAUGCCCAAGUACAGCCGACAGUAUUCCCUGGAGCACGUCCACGGCUCCUCCCCGUACACAGCCUCUUCCCCAACCUACAGUGGCUCCAACCUCUAUUCCCCCGACUCUUCAGCCAACUCUGGUCCCAUCAUCUCCGACGUCACCGAGCUGGCCCAGUCCAGCCCUUCAGCAUCUCCCAGUGGCAGCCUGGAGGAGAGGAGCAGCCCCGUGGUCCGUAUCAAAGAAGAACCCCCCAGCCCCAGCCGGAGCCCCCAGGAGAACGAACCCGGCACCGCCACGGCCGCCGCUGCCGACAGCUCCACGCAGCCCCACACCCCCGAGAAGUGCCUCAGUGUCGCCUGCCUGGACAAGUGAGUGGCACCCAGGGCUGGCAGGGGGGGUCUCCCACCACCCAUCCCACCCAGCUCCACCUCAGAGCUUCGACAGCUCCCACCCAACCUCCCCACGGCACCCAGGACGGGCGCUGGGCUGAGCAGA